AUGGGUUCCUCAAAGCCAAAAGAUGCCACCUACCCACACCCCUACCCCUACCAGUGCCACUUUCAACCAGGGUUUCACAGUCGUCCGUACAAGGUCAACCACGCCAUUUCAGGUCAGUCACUCACAGUCCACUCCCGAGCCCCAGUCAAUAACACAGGCUUGGGUAUUAAAGGCAAAAUUAGCACACAAGAACGCCAGGAACCUCGAAGCACCAGAGAACCCCAAAGAACCAGAGAGCCUCGAAGAACCAGAGAACCUCGAAGAACCAGAGAACCUCCAGAGAACCUCGAAGAACCUGAGAACCUCGAAGCACCAGAGAACCUCAACGAACCAGAGAGCCUAGAAGCACCAGAGAACCUCAAGAACCAGAGAGCCUCGAAGAACCAGAGAACCACAAAAGAACCGAAGAACCAGAGAACCGCAAAGAAAAACGAGAACUCGAAGAAACAGAGAACCUCGAAGAAGAACCUCAAAGAGAGACCUCGAAAGAACCAGAGAGGCCUCCAGAAGCAGAAACUCGCAGAACCUCAAAGAGAACCUCGAAGAACGAAGAACAAGAAACCAACCUCGAACCAGAGAACCUCGAAGAAUCAGAGAACCUUGAAGAAAAGAGAACCAGAGAAAAAUCAGAGAGCCGAGAGAACCUCGAAGAACCAAGAACUCGAAGAACAAGGGAACUCAAAAACCAGAGAGCUCGAAGAAUCAGAGAGCCUUGAAGCACCAGAGAACCUCGAAGAACCAGAGAACCUCGAAGAACAAGGGAACCUCAAAGAACCAGAGAGCCUCGAAGAAUCAGAGAGCCUUGAAGCACCAGAGAACCUCGAAGAACCAGAGAACAUCGAAGAACAAGGGAACCUCAAAGAAGCAGAGAGCCUCGAAGCACCAAAGAACCUCGAAAAAACAGGGAACCUCAAGAACCAGAGAACCUCGGAGAACCAGAGAACCGAACCAUCGAAGAACAAACCGGAAGACUAG